UGUGUCGAGUGUCUGGUACCAGGAUUCCCUGUUAUUGUUAUUUCAGUGUCUCCCUCACACCCCAGAAGAAAGUUCAGGAAGGAUGCAGGAUUAUCUGACAGGAUAUUGUGAGAUAUCCGACAUUUCCUGAGUUAAGGUUCAUUUUUAAUAUCUUAGCCCACCUCACAACUCUUCCCAACUCUUUGCCUCGAGUCCAACAGCAGAGAAACAGGUCCUUCAGCCCAACUCUCCUGUACCGACCAAGGUGCCUUCCUGAUCUUCUCAUUUGCCUGCCCCUGUCCCUCCAAAGUCUCCGCACUUCCCAUGACCUUGUCCAAGUGUCUUUUAAUUGUAGCUGCCUCUCCCACUUCCUCUGGCAGCUCGUUUCAUAUCCUCCUCAUCUUCUGUGUGGCAAACUGCCCCUUUAAACCUUUCCCCUCUCACCUUAAACAAGUGCCCUCUCGUUUGAGACUCCCCUCCCCGGUGGGAGAGAGACUGUGACCAUCCAAGCUUAUCCACACCCCUUGUGGUUUUACAGCUCAGUUUCUUACCCCAGGGAAAACGGUCCCAGCCCUGUCCCGUCUCUCCUGAUAUCCCGGGAACAUCCCGCAGAACUGCUCACCGUGUGGUCUCACCGACAUCUUGUAGAGCUGUGACCAGACAUCCCAACUCCUGUACUCAGUGCCCUGUCGAAUGAAGGCCAGCUGGCCAAACGUCUCCUUCCCUGCCCUGUCUACCUGUGACACUACUGUCAGGGAACCAUGUCCCUGGCUGUCUCCGAUCUGUUCUCCCCUACCCCAGGGAAGAUAUACGUGCACCCCUUAUACAAUCCCCUGCUGAUGCUCUGCCCCUGUAUAAGGUCAUGGCAUUUAUUUUGGGUAAAUGUGAGGGGUUGUACUCUUGGAAGACAAGUUCAGGCCAGGAGUCUCACAGUGAAUGGUGGGGCCCUGUUGAGUGUUGAAUCAGAAUUAGAUUCAAGUUUAAUAUCACUGGCAUUUGGCGUGAAAUACUUUGUUUUCCAGCGGCAGUACAGUACACUGCAUGAUAAACUAUAAAAUACAAUAAAAAAUAAUUACAUUAAAUAAGUUGCACAAAAAGGAAUAAUUUUUUUAAAAAAGUGAAAGAAGUUAGUGUAUGUGGGUUCAUUGCCCAUUCAGAAAUCUGAUGGCGGAGGGGAAGAAGCUGUUCUGAAACCAUUGAGUGUGUGUCUUCAGGCUCCUGUACCAUCUCCUUGAUGGUAGCAAUGAGAAGAGAUCAUGUCUUGUGUGAUAGGGGUCCUUAAUGGAAGCUGCCUUUUUGAGGCAUCGCCUUUUGAACAGAGGAACUUGGGGUACAGGCGCACGGUUCCCUGAGGAACAGGUAGACGGAGGUGAAGAAGGUAUUUGACAUGCGGGACUCCGAGUACAGGAGCUGGGAGGUUACAAGAUGUCGGCGAGUCCACACUUGGAGCAUUGAGGUCAGUCUUGUCGCCCGGUGAUGGGAGAGAUGCCACGAAGCUGGAGAGUGCAGAGAUUUACGAGGAUGCUGUCGGGACUUGAGAGAUUGAAUUAUGGAGAGAGGUUGGGCAGGUGGAGACUUGGAGUAUGGGAGUGAGGGUUGUUCUUACAGAGGUGUAUAAAAUCAUGAGGGACAUCGAUCGAGUGAAUGCACACCGUCUUUUCCCCAGGGUUGGGCAAUCAGGAACCAGAGGGCACAGGAUUCGUUGAGAGGGGAGAGAUUUAAUAGAAACGUGGGGGCAACAUUUUCACCCAGAGGGUGGUCUGCAUAUGGAACGAGCUGCCAGAGGGGGUGGUUGAAGCAGGGACAUUAACGGCAUCAAUAACUUUUAAAGGCACUUGGACAGGUACCAGGAUGGGAAAGGUUUAGAGGGGCCAAACAGGGGCAAAUGGGUCCAGCACGGAUCAGAUAUUUCUGUGUUCUGUGACUCGGUGAACGUUGGGCAAUGAAAUGGGAGUAGUGUCAGUAGGAAAACUGGGACAGCUUUGAUGGGGAUAUGGUCCAGGGGGCCAUAGGGACUAGCCCAUCCAGGCCUGCUCAGGUUCUCUGCACGACUCCUCCCCACCUCUGACCUCUCCCCUCCACCUCCCGCUGCCCUGUCACAGCACUGUCUGCAAGCCGAAGACCAGGGAGGGGCCCGGCACCAGCACUUCCACCAUGGUGGGGAGUGGCCUUUCCGAGCUGGACCAGCUGUUGCAGGAGCUCAACAGGACACAGAGCAGCAUUACAGAUGAAAUCCUGGCCCAGUUCCCUCCAGGUAUAUCGACAGAAACAUCCCCCCUGAGCCCAGAGCCCCAGAAGGAGGCUGGCCCAGGCCUAGUGGAUACGGGACACAUCGGGAAGCAGUUGCCAUCAGGGCUGGAGUCCAAGGCAGUUAUGGGGAAUGAGCAGCCUGUGAUCACACAUACCGUUCCGCUCCCAGAGCCGAAGACCUCGGCCACUUCCGCCACGCUGGAGCUGGAUAGACUCAUGGCGUCGCUGUCAGACUUCAAGAUUCACAGCACACCACCUGCUCAGCCAGCAGCACAGACGAGGGUGUCUGCCGUCUCCGGAGACCCCGUCGCAGCCAGACAGACGGACUCCGUGGAUGGGAACCUGGACGACAUGCUGGGGAAACUUCAGUCGAACCUGCUCCAGCAGGGAGUGUCGACUGUGCCUAAGGGGAGUUGUACAGCCUGCAGGAAGCCCAUCGUAGGGCAGAUGGUGACCGCGCUGGGCCAGACCUGGCACCCUGAACAUUUUGUCUGCACCCACUGCCAGGUGGAGAUCGGGGGCAGGAACUUCUUUGAGAAGGAAGGCCUGCCCUACUGUGAGCAGGAUUACUGGGAGCUGUUCUCCCCCCGCUGUGCCGACUGCAAACAGCCCAUCAUGGAUAAAAUGGUGACUGCACUUGAUCGGAACUGGCACCCAGAACACUUCUGCUGCAUGAAGUGUGGCUGCUCCUUCGGUCCUGAGGGUUUCCACGAGCGGGAAGGCAAGGCCUACUGUCGGCAGGACUUCUACGAAAUGUUUGCCUCCCGUUGCCAUGGAUGUGGGAAGGCCAUUACCGACAACUACAUCUCUGCCCUCAACCUGCUCUGGCACCCCGAGUGUUUUGUCUGCAGGGACUGCUACACACCGUUCCUGGAUGGCAGUUUCUUCGAACACGCUGGGCAGCCGUACUGCGAGACCCACUACCACCAGCGGCGGGGGUCCCUCUGCCUCGCCUGCCAGAAGCCCAUCGCCGGCCGCUGCAUCUCUGCCAUGGGCGGCCGCUUCCACCCCGACCACUUCGUCUGUGCUUUUUGCCUCCGCCACCUCAACAAGGGCACCUUCAAGGAGCAGAACGGGAAGCCCUACUGCCACCCGUGUUUCGCCAAGCUUUUCGGCUAGACAGGUGGGACUGGGAUACGCCUGGCUCCCGUCAGGCCAGCAGCCGCCUCCAACCGCCCCCAAAUCCCCCUCCCUCCCCAACCCGCUCUCUCAGAAAUGCCCCGAUCCAACCUUCUGUCACUCAGUACUCGACACGCCCCCUGUAACUCAGGACAGGCCCCGCCCCGAACUCCUGUCACUCAGUACUCGACACGCCCCCUGUAACUCAGGACAGGCCCCGCCCCGAACUCCUGUCACUCAGUACUUGACACGCCCCCUGUAACUCAGGACAGGCCCCGCCCCGAACCCCUGUCACUCAGUACUCGACACGCCCCCUGUAACUCAGGACAGGCCCCGCCCCGAACCCCUGUCACUCAGUACUCGACACGCCCCCUGUAACUCAGGACAGGCCCCGCCCCGAACCCCUGUCACUCAGUACUCCACACGCCCCCUGUAACUCAGGACAGGCCCCGCCCCGAACUCCUGUCACUCAGUACUCGACACGCCCCCUGUAACAGGACAGGCCCCGCACCGAACUCCUGUCACUCAGUACUCGACACGCCCCCUGUAACUCAGGACAGGCCCCGCCCCGAACCCCUGUCACUCAGUACUCGACACGCCCCCUGUAACUCAGGACAGGCCCCGCCCCGAACCCCUGUCACUCAGUACUCGACACGCCCCCUGUAACUCAGGACAGGCCCCGCCCCG